AUGCUUCAAAUUGGUGAUUUUAGACAUAUUUGCGAGACAGUGUCUCUGUCAGUUUGCCCUCUUGUUGGAGAUCCAGACGGCAUAGCUCCGUCAUGUUAUUCAAGGAAUGUAGAAAUAGCCGGAAUGUUAAUUUUUCAGCCGGCCACUGUGAUCAUUUAUAUAAUUGCGUUGCUCAUGACGGGUAUCAUGAUUUACCAUAUUAAAUCCAAAUACACUGCAGUUGGUCGAAAGGAAAUUGUUAUGUUCUUUUAUUUAUACAUGAUAAUGACAAUACUCGAAAUGCUCCUUAUAUCGGGCCUCAUUCCGACAGCUACUACAGUAUAUCGCUACUUUACUGCUGCACAUGUUGGUGUCAUCUCAGCUACCUUCUGGUGUUUACUUUUCAACGGAUUCGUUGGAUUCCAAUUUGCAGAGGAUGGAACACCAUUAUCACUCUGGACGAUUCGUAUAUCGUCUUUCGUAGUCUUUGCCGCUGUUGCUUUCCUGGCACUAGCAACGUUCAACAACAUCGGACCGUUCGACGCACUUAAACCAAUGGCCCUCUGGGUUGUCAUGUACGGCUUCAAUGGUGCUGCACUCAUAAUCUACAUCAUUCUGCAAGUUAUCCUUGUUCUCAAUACUCUUGAUGACCGUUGGCCACUCGGUGACAUUGCAUUUGGUACCGUAUUCUAUGCCGUGGGCCAGGUGACGCUUUACGUGCUCUCUGUCAGAAUAUGCGAUGCUGUCAAACAUUAUAUCGAUGGACUGUUCUUUGGGACCAUUUGCACUUUGCUUGCGGUGAUGAUGGUGUACAAGUAUUGGGAUUCAAUCACUAAAGAAGACUUGGAAUUUUCCGUUGGCAGUAAAGCUAACGUAUGGGAGGUUAAAGAGCUAUUGGGAGAGGAAGACUAUCCGAUAAAUCAACCUCCACCGCAACAGUUUCACGAUGGGUAUGGAGGAUAUCGGCCGUACUGA